GGCAUAAAAGAUAUUGAGAACAUGACUUGGAGUAUAUUGUACACGAGAGAAAUAAAAAAUAGUUAUGGAAUUGAAAAGAGUAAAAUAUCGUCAGCAAGGAUUGAACGUAGUGUGUUUAACGCGGUAUAGCGCUACUGGUUUGCUCUUCUCGUUGUUGCGCAACGAGAAGCGCGCAGCGUCUCAGUGUGUGCAGAAAGAUACAAGUGCGUUCGUAACAUCAUGUAUCGUUGAGAAACGUUUCAUUUUUCAACUAGCUACGUUACUUUGAUCAAAGUUUUAUGGACCGAGUUCCAUACGAAUAAUUCUCCUAUGGAUUAGCUUAGUAACAACGAAACAGCGACGGAUGUCCUAAAAUUUUUGGGAAACGUUACUUGGCUGACUUAAACAAAAUGGCGACUAUCUUUUUCUUGGCGGUACUGUUUACUUGACCGUGAACGUUAUGUUUUUUACAGAGUGUGACAUUAAAAGUGUUGUGUAUUUAACUUCUUUACUACUAAUUAAUAUCAGUCUAAUUUGCUAUUUUAAAAAAAUUUUGUGCUGCCUAUUAUUUUCAAAAUCCAUUUUCGUAACCGUGCACUAAUAGAAUAGGUAAUAACGCGAUAAACGUGAACAACACGGUAAUACUAUAUGGGUAUCACUUCUGCCCUUUGAUAUUGGUGUAUCUCGUUCGGCGGCUUUUAUUACACAUCAGUGGAAUUUUAUUUUCGUUUAGAUAGGAACGCGGCUAUUAGUUGGGAUUCUCUUUUUAUCUCUUCUAUCUCUAUACUAUCCAUCGAUGCUCGUUCGAAUGUUAUUCUUCUAUUUUAAAAGCGUAUAUAAACUUUCACUCGUUUGGCGACUUAUUUUUGAGACGGAUACGACGGACUCGACGUCCUGCAGUUGUCAUUUUUGAUACGACGAUUUGAAAGGGUAAAUAUCACGAGAGUGAUUUUCAUUAGCUUAUAGAGAAAAAUGUCUAGUUCGUACAUUAUUGAACCACAAGAGAGUGGCUCAGGAAAGAAGGAUGAUACAUUGAUUAUCAUUGUCAAUGACGAUGGUACGAUAUCUGUUGACCAAGAAACUUUGCAAAGUUUAAUCAUGAAUCAGGCCAAUGCAAAUGUCAGUGUUGUUAGAGUAGGACAAGCAGAUACAGACGCUGAAAAUGGAGAUAUCACGUUAACUGUAGAUCCUCCAAUGUUUACAUCAGCUACAAUUAAUUCUGGUGGUACAACUUCAGAUGCAAACAGUUUGGUUGAUCCUUUUAUGGAAAUGGAUCCAGAACAGUUGGAACGAUUAGAGACAGCUUUACAAAGUGAAGAGGCGAAACAAAUUCUUGGAGAAAAUGUUACAGCAAUGCUAGAUAUGCUAACGGUAGAGGAACAACAAAACUCUAUAAGGUACAGCGUUAAGUUGGAUCAUUGCUACACAAGUAGGCUAUCACCUUCUGAUCCAAAACCAAGGGAUCCAUUGCCUGUUAUUGAUUCACCUACUUCUGACGAUGGUUUGCAAUACGCACGUCAACAUUCACCUGCUCCUGGAACAUCUAAAACAUCGUCGCCUAUUGGUGAUGUUGAAAAUGCAGUCGCGAUCAAGUCGAAAGUUGUUAGCAAGACUGGUAAACCGGUUGGUCGACCACGAAAAAAUAUUCCCGCGUCUUCUGUUCCCAUCUGCAAUAGUAAUUCAAGAUCGUCGGCCAGUAUAACAAGUACACCUAAAUCUGUUGGACAUCCAGUAUCAAGGAAUUUAAUGCAACAGGGUAUUGGAAAACACCAAGGAAGAUCUAACGACGAGGAUGAAGAAGAAUUAAUGUCAUCUACUGAAUCAUCAGAUUCAGAACCACCGUCUGAUAAUGAUUCAGACUUUGGUCCGCGAGGUCCUAGGAGAGGUGGUAUAAGAGCUAGAGGCGGUAGAAAAGGACUUACUACUAGAGGAGGAAGUAUGGUAGCUACUCGUAGAAGAGGUUCCAACAAACAAAUGGAUAUGGAACAAGUACGUCGAUUAGAUAUGGAAAUGGCUGCUGCUGUGAAUGCUAUGAAGAGUUCAGAAAAAGAUGAAAAAUUGGGAGGAUUUGGUCUCGUUAAAGGUAAAAGACAGCUUAAAACUGCUAUUGGGCGGAAGAAAGAAGAAUUGCAACGCAACGAUUCAUCUUCAACAAUGAACCAAGAUAUUUCGGUUAAUUUCGAUAAACCUUUGCAGACGACAAAUCAGGUUAAAGCGAAUUUGAUUAAUGCUAAUAUGAUUAAGGGUGAUAUGAUUAUUACAAAACCAGGACAGGGUAGAACUAAUCAAAAAGUUACUUUUAUACAAAAACAAGUGCUUAUGAAGCCGAACGACCUUAAAAAUAUCGACGUGAAGAAACAGAUGAUUCUUCCUAAAGGAAAAUUUUUAAAUCAGACUGGAACCAAAUUUUUCGCUACCAAAGAUGGAAAACUGGUUCAGAUACCCGUCACUACUAAAACUAUAACAUCGAAUGUACCAGUAACGCAGAUGAAAGGAACCAUAUCACAAGUAACAUCAACACAGCAGUCUGCCAUGAUACAAACUCAAACGUCAAACGUACAACAGCAACAACAUUCUCAACAAUUGGCUAAAGUGACGUCGCCUACUGCUAUUUCAAAAAUAAAAACUUGCGAUCCGAAGAAAGAAAAGAGAAAACCCGAUGGUUUAGAAAGUAUUACAAAAAUAGAAAUGGAUUCCGGUAAAAUAAUAGAAAACAAAGUUUUUGAUAGCGCGAAAAAACAUUCAAAGAAAGAAAAUCGUAAAUCACCAGCGUACAUAGUGGACACUUUAGGACCUGCUCUUUUUUCAACUCCAGAUAUUAUUCGGCGUGUUGGUACAAACGGUGACUCAAAAGUUCAAGAGAACGUAGUGACAUCGUUACUUUCUACAACAUCGCCCGCAGUUAUUGUCUCUUCCGGGAAUUCCCUUACGCAAGCAAUACAAUCAUCGUCAUCGUCGUCGACAUCAACAUCUUCUGCAACAUCAAAUCGUCCAGGUAUUAUUUCUACUUCUAUCGACCGAAUUACACAUUCUGAAAUUUCCAUAGCUAUGGAGAAGAGGGAAAAUAACGAUUGUUUGGUAGAAAACCAUGAAGCAGAAUCUAAAUCGGAUAUAAAAUCUAGUGUAUCAGAAGAGUUACAACCAACUUUAGAUUCGGGUGGUAUAGAAGGCGAGGAACAUUUAUUAGCUACAUUGGAAAUGGAAGCCAGUAAACACGAAGAGGAAUUAUUAGCCGAAGCAUUAUUGUUACAAGAAGAACUUGGCGUUGAUUUGGCUGAACAUGCUACGCUUGUCGAACAAAGUGGAAGUGUUGCGACGGAAAUAAACUCAAAUAACAUGCUCACUCCCACUUUGAUCACGUCAGAACAAGAAAGUGUCAAAUCUUUGGAUGCUUCUGCAAGAGUAAUCGUAACGACAACUAUUACGAAUCCAAUGACGGUUGCAACAACCAGUGCAAAUGUCAGUGCCAGUACAAAUGUACUUAAAGAGUCAGUGAAAAAGUCUGCGAAAGACGAUAAAGAACCUAUUCAAAUUAUUCGUGGUGGACGAAUAAUUACGUUACCUCCCAUCGAAGCACCAGCUACUAGAAGCAAACGAUUACAGAUUAAAACUGUCGAACCGGUACAAAAACCGUUUGAACCUGUCAAACGAACGGAAAAGUUCGGAAGUUACAGUGCAACAAUGCAACAAACGACGUCACUGCAGCCUAUCAAACUCGAAGUUCAUGCAGAUGUAGAUCAAGCUGGAAAAAAUGAGAAUGUAGUUCGAGUCGAAGAAGAAGAUAUGGAGGAGGAAGCUGAAGACGACGAGGCUGAAGAAGAUGAAGAUAUAGAGAAAGAUCGAAAACAGAUUGAGGAAGAAGACGAAGAAGGAGGAGGAGGAGAAGAAGGAGAAGAAGGAGAAGGAGGAGAAGAAGGAGAAGAAGAAGCAGCAGAAGAAGAAGAAGAGGAGGAAGAAGAAGAAGAAGAAGAAGAAGAAGAAGAAGAAGAAGAAGAGGAUAAUUCGGAUUCAGAAGAUGAUCCUGACAGACUUUGGUGUAUAUGCAAGCGACCGCAUAAUAAUCGUUUCAUGAUUUGUUGCGAUGUAUGCGAAGAUUGGUUUCACGGAAAAUGCGUACAUGUUAGCAAAGCAAUGGGACAACAAAUGGAGGAAAAAGGAAUUGAAUGGGUUUGUCCAAAUUGCGCCAAGAAGAAGGAUGAAGAGAUAAAAGCCAGACUGAAUACUCAAAAUGCUUCUGGAAAGCAACGGAUUCAAUCCGAUACUGUAUCUGAAAAUUCGAAAAAUCUUAUCUCUGUUAAUCAGGCUUCAUUUACUGAAGAAACGUCAUCCUUGAUUCAAUCUGGUUGUGAUUACGGUGAAGUUCAAUAUUCUAGUAAUAUGCAGUGUGUCGUUUGUAAAAAAGAAGCCAGAAACUCGAGCAUUUAUUGUUCCGACGCAUGUAUACUUGCGCAUGCUCAAGAAACAUUGACCAAAGACAAACCAAUAUCAGGAUCAACAACAAGUCCAAAAGGGGCAAGGUCGACACCAUUUGAUCCGGCCUUAAAGCAAAAAACCGAUGCUCGAGUCAUCGUUUUUGAGAGAAAGACUGGAAAAGUAUUAACUGGUUCAGAUGCUCCGACAAGAUCAAAUUUGCGUACGUGGUUAAAGGAACAUCCUACAUUUGAAAUGGUUGGAACGAAUAAUCUUGGUGCACUGCAAAUAGGGAAACCGAUUACGACCAUUCAAACACAAACACCUGGUAAAACAGGAAAGUCUGCAAUACUGUCUCCUGGGAAAGGACAGAAUCUUCCGAAGAUGACAUACGCAAAAGUACCGGGUUCUAAGCAAAUGAUUUUAACGGCAGGAAAUAAAAAAUUUACACUUAUCUCUAGUGGACACCAACAGCAACAGCAACAACAGCAGCAGCAACAACAAACUCAGCCGACAAAUGCAAAAUCAAUACAAAUGAAGCAAACGUUGUUGCCAGUAAACAAGAGUCCUUUGUUAUUAAAAACUACAAUGACAAAAUUGAUCACUCAACCGCAAACAAAGCAACUAGGUGUUGCUGUAUCAUCAAAACAAACAUUGACUGUGAAGAAGCAAGAACCAAAGCAGCCAACUAUACAAGCGAAACAACAACAAAUUAAACCAAGUCCACAAAGAAAACCCGAAACCGAACCCAUACGAUUAAAUAUACGAAAAACUUUAACAGAAUUGUUGUCUAGUCGAAUAAAAGAAACUGAAGAUUUGAAACUUACCGAUGAAGAAAUAGCGGAUCUAGCUUAUAAUAUCGAAUUAGAAUUGUACAAGUAUUUCAAAGAUACCGGUGCAAAGUAUAAAGCCAAAUACAGAAGUCUGGUAUUCAAUAUAAAAGAUACGAAGAAUCUAACGUUGUUUAGAAAGAUUGCCGAUAAAUCGUUGACGCCGGAUGCAGUGGUAAGGUUAAGUCCUGAUGAAAUGGCUAGUCAAGAAUUGGCCGAAUGGAGGGAAAAAGAAACAAAGCAUCAGUUAGAAAUGAUUAAAAAAAACGAAUUAGAUCUAAUGGCUCAGGCUAAAUCUAUCGUUGUUAAAACGCACAAAGGUGAACAAAUAAUCGAAAAUGAUGGUGGUAUCGAUCAUGUUGAUCCAAAAACUCCCGUACAAGAUAUCGUAACUGCGUUGAAUAGUGCUGAUAGUAUAAGUUCGACCGUGGACGAUAUGGAAAAAGAUUUAGAGAAGGCGCCCGACGAGGAAAAAUUUAAAGGCAAGGAAGAUGCGAAAAAAUCAAGGAACUUUGACGAUAAGAAACGAAAGGAUAAGGAGAAGGACAAAGAUAGAGGCAGGGAGAAAGAGAAGGACAGAGAUAAGGAGAAAGAAAGGGGAAGGGAGAAAGACAACAAUCGUUCAAAGGGUGCAAGCGAUAGACGUGACAGGAGUGUCAGCAGAAGUAGACACAAACAUGGUAGAAACGAUAGAAGGGAACGCAGUAAAACUAGAGAAAAGAGCAGAGAGAAAAAGUCUCGAGGUAAAGAAGGGAAGCACGAACGAGAGAAGGAACGGGAUCGUGAAAGAGAUCGAGAACAAUCUAGAACCAGAGAUCGGGAGAAAUUGAAGGUCCGUGAAAGGAGCAGUAGAGAAAAAACUAAGCAAAAGGAGAAGGAUAGAGAGAGGGAACGGGAACGACACAGAAGCAGUGAGAAUAUUUUGAGAAGUCGCAAUAGCAAUAGUUUUGUUUAUUCCGAAUCGAAGAAUGUUGAUAAAAAGGAGGAGGAAAGGAGGCGGGAGAUGGAAAAGAAAGACGAAUUAUCAGGUUUAACGGGAACAUCGGCUGAAAAAACAAUCGAAGAUCGACUUUGGCGACAUAUCGAGGACGAAGCGACUACCAACAUCAUCGAUGGAAACGAUUCCGAUGUGUCGGAUCGUGAGCCUUCUUCAACAGUUACUAUUAAAACGCCCGAUAUUAACGAGGAAGUCGACAGAGAGAGAGAACAGGAAUCAUCGUCGACCAUAGAGGGUGAAACUCCGAAAGCAGGAGGGUUGCAAACAGUUUGGAGGGGUUUUGUUAACAUGGUGGAUGUUGCGAAGUUCUUCAUUACCGCGCAAGAAGUAAGUGGUCAUGCAAAAGAUUUAAUGGACGAUCUACCAGAUACGGUUGACGUUGUUGGUAGAAUAAGUCACGAGACUGUUUGGGAUUACAUCUCAAAGAUGAAAAAAACUGGUUCGAAGGAGAUUCUGGUAAUUCGGCUUACCGCGGCGAACGACGAAGAAAAGAUCCCGUAUAUAACGUUGUAUAGUUAUUUGAACAGUAGAAGUCGACUUGGAGUCGUUGGAAAUGUUUCUAAAAAUAUAAAGGAUUUUUAUAUAAUGCCAUUUUCAAGUCAAAGUACGAUACCUCAGGUUCUGUUACCUUUGAACGGUCCUGGAUUCGAGGAGCACAGACCGCAUCUUCUUCUAGGCAUCAUCGUCCGUAACAAAAGAAAACGUCUUCCUGGCAUAUCAUCCUCCAGCUUGCCGAUGAAAUUAUCGAAAAAGGAUACCGAUCGAAGUUACACGCCACCCUUAAUAAGCGCUUCGAAAGAUAACAAGUCCAUGAGUGGUAGCAACGCGGCGAUCAUCGCAGCCACGGUUACCUCCACGGCAACACCAACGAUCCCGGUAUCGUCGCCUUCCUCGGUAACCGCAACAAGUACAUAUCACAAAACACCGCCGGGAACGGCGGUCAGCGCGACCGAGUCUACAAAAGAGAAACAACAUCCUGUCACGCAAACCACUCUCGACAAUCUGAAUAAAGCGCAUAUAGGAAUGUCGAGAACUACGUUACUCGAUACUGCGACUAUAUGUAAAAUAGUUCCCGAAUUGUCCUCAAAGAUCGAUCUCACUUCUUCUCCUGGCAAAGUUCCUCUCGAGGAUGACGGCGACGAGCCGUACAGUCCCGGCCAAAUGGACGAAGAAGAUAUUAAUCUCGAUUUGCGAACUUGUUCCACGUCGACGUCAGCAACUACAGUAACUCCGAUAUCUGCUUCAUUGGGUAUUCACGACGCUACUCCACUCGAUAAUGGUAUCAUUUCUUCCAGUAAAAAUUCUACCGAACUCCAGCGGAAAAUGGAAGAGUUAAAUAGACAAAUCGAAGAGCAGAAGCAACAAAUACAGAGCAUCAGCUCGUCGUUUCUUGGCGAAUCAGCGCCUACUUUGCCGGGCUUAGGGCUGGAUCCACCAGUCAGUGAUGAAUGCGAAGAAGCUUAUAGCCCUUCGGACACGAGGUCGUUCACACCGCCACCGCCUCCGGGUAUUUCAAAGCUCACUCAACCGAUUCUCGAGAAGGUUUCAAAUAUAACGAUACCGCCAAAUUUACAAGAGAUAUUAGCAAAUGUGAAACGACAAGAAAACUCGAAAGUAGACCCGUAUUUACCAUCUAAGCCAAGCGCCACGUUCCUAACUACUGCAAAUUGUUCGAUUUAUCAAAAUUCGGAAAAGUAUUCGUCAUCGGCUAUGAAACUUCCAGUUGGCGGAUCAAAUAAACCCUCCAUUUCGGAGAAAUCUACGUUGGAAUCCCCGUCUAAUCAUUGGGAAUCUAUUUCGAAAGAAAAAGAGAGUAAGAGUACUUUGAGUUCAUUAAGUGAUUUGGAUUUGAUUAGAAAAGCAGAAGAAGAAUUAGCUGCUGUCGCAGCCGCAGCUGCCACAGUACCAGCAGCGUCAGGUAACAGAGUCACCGAAAAUUCUACUUCAUCGAAUUUAUCUACAACGACAGUUCUUUCAUCGUCAAUCGUAGGAACUGCUGCCUCCCCAUCGUUAGCCCCACCGGCAUCUACGAAUCUAUCAACCGCAGUCUCGACAACGGAUCCUACCACUCACGAGGGAACUUCCUACAAGAGUCCUUUCCCAGAAUCUUUCAAACGAAACAUAGCUCCUGAACAGCCGAAACCUCCAGGUCUCGAAGACGAGGAUUUCCCUCCGUUUCCAUCGACACCACCAAGCGUAGUUGAAAACAAUGUAACCAAAACGACAUCAUCACAUUCGAAGUUCGUUCCAAAGAGUGGCAUUGUGGUAAAUGUUAAGCGGAAAAUUAACGAUGACACGCCUAGUUGUGUCCCGAGCAAGAUAUUAAGAGUAAAAUCACGAUGGGGUCAGGGCCCUUCAGAAUCGAUCGAUUAGUCACUGUACUCGAACAAGGAUGAUGAGUUUUUCCAACGAAAGGUUAAAAUUGCAAAGUAUUUCAUUUGAAAAGCUGAUCGUUUAUCGGCGACAAGAUUCCAAACUUUUGUGCUGAACAGUGUCGCAUAAAAACUAACUGAAUUCGAGUAAAUUUGGUACAAAGAUAUAUCAUUGCAUUGUUCUUCGAUGACAAUUCCUCGGCUGAUAACAAUUAGUAAGAAAUCAUUUAUUUUUUAUCACAUCAUUGUGUUGGUCAUGUUUUUGUACCAAAUCAAUUGAUAGAAACGGUUUGUUUUACGUGUGUAUGUGUGUGGGUGCAAUGUGUGCGGCUGUGCGUGUGCGCGUUUGCGCGUGUAUGUGCGUGCGUGCAAUAUUACGAACAACAGAAAAGGGAAGCAAGAAAGAACGUUGAAACAAAUCAAAUAUAUUUGUCGAAAAUGUUUUGGCGCGUAAGACUUUGUAAAUACGAAAGUGACAAAAUGAAACACUCCUUUUCGCUCAUUAAGCCUUUUGCUAUGUGUAUAUAGUUUCACUAAAAAUACUGUAAUAUAUUGUUUAAAUUUA